CACUGUCGAGCAAUCUGCUGCGAGCGCAACGUCUCAAGAACACUUGCUGAAACGACGUGCAGCUUGGGAACGAAGACGAGUUUGGAAGACAUGUAUUGUCCUUUUAUUAGGAGUUAACUUACGCUGUCCGGAUACUGACAGCGCCGUGGAGCGGCUUGUUAUCAAGCCUGCCCUUGGUUCACACAUUCAGCCACGCCUCCCUCAACCUAGCAUAGGUGGCGGAGGCUAAUAGUUUGACGUCCAGUCGCUCAGUAACGUUAGCAGCUAAGCUAAGCUAAGCUAGCUUUUAGAGAUUCCAAAAAGCCGAGGGGCAAGGAUGCAAGAGGAUUAUUUGUGAGGAACGACCCCCAUCCACGUGCCAUGUCUUUGGUUUUCCCACGACCCAACACCAACGUAGUCCACGGCAAGAAGGAUAAGAGACUGAUGGCGGAAGUGAAUGCAUCGCCACUCAAGCAUUUUGUCACAGCGAAGAAGAAGAUCAACGGGAUCUUCGAACAGUUGGGCGCCUACAUCAAGGAGAGCGCUUCCUUUCUAGAUGAUACUUACAAAAAUGAAGAGCUGGAUCCAGUUACCACAGAGGAGCAGGUCCAGGAGGUCCGGGGUUACCUCGCCAAAGUGGCAGGGAUUGGAGAAGUGCUGGCUCGCAGGCAUAUGAAGGUUGUCUUCUUUGGGAGGACCAGCAAUGGAAAGAGCUCAGUGAUUAAUGCCAUGCUGUGUGAUAAAGUGCUGCCGUCUGGAAUAGGACACACUACCAACUGCUUCCUGAGGGUGGAGGGCACAGAUGGCGAUGAGGCCUUCCUCCUUACUGAAGGCUCUGAGGAGAGGAAGAGCAUAAAGACGGUGAACCAGCUGGCCCACGCUCUCCACCAGGAUGAGGAUCUGGACGCCGGCAGCUUGGUCUGCGUCAUGUGGCCUAAAGCCAAGUGUGCUCUUCUCAGGGAUGAUCUGGUGUUGGUGGACAGCCCAGGUAUCGAUGUUACCACAGAACUGGACAGCUGGAUCGACAAGUUCUGCCUGGAUGCUGAUGUAUUUGUUCUGGUGGCAAACUCUGAGUCCACACUGAUGCAGACGGAGAAGUCCUUCUUUCACAAGGUCAAUGAGCGACUCUCCAGUCCCAACAUUUUCAUCCUCAACAACCGCUGGGACGCCUCAGCCUCAGAGCCUGAAUACAUGGAGGAGGUCCGCGGCCAGCAUAUGGACCGCUGCACAAAUUUCCUGGUAGAUGAGCUGGGUGUGGUGGACCGAGCCCAGGCCAGUGACCGCAUCUUCUUCGUCUCUGCUAAGGAAGUACUUCAGGCUCGAGUACAGAAGGCUCAAGGAAUGCCUGAAGCAGGUGGAGCUCUGGCUGAGGGAUUUCAAGCCAGAAUGUUUGAGUUCCAGAACUUUGAGAGGCGAUUUGAGGAGUGCAUCUCCCAGUCAGCGGUGAAGACCAAGUUUGAACAGCACACAGUGAGGGCCAAACAGAUCUCUGAAGCCCUGCGCCGCAUUAUGGACUCUGUACACAUUGCUGCACAAGAGCAAAGAAUCUACUGCCUUGAGACCAAAGAGGACCGUCAGGACCGAUUGGAGUUUAUAGACAAGCAGCUGGACUUGUUGACAAUGGACUGUAAAGCCAAGAUCAAGAAGAUUACUGAGGAGGUGGAGAGACAGGUGUCCAAUGCCAUGUCAGAGGAGAUCAGGAAGCUCAAUUUGCUGGUGGAUGACUUCCACAUGGACUUUCACCCAUCACUAGUGGUGCUCAAGGUCUACAAGAAUGAGCUCCAUCGGCACAUAGAGGAGGGACUGGGCAAGAACAUGUCAGAGAGAUGCUCCACCUCCAUCACUAGUGCCCUGCAGGCCACACACACCGACAUGAUCGACGGUCUGAAGCCUCUUCUGCCCGACCCGGUCAGAGAGCAGGUGGACAAGCUGGUUCCUCGUCAGUGCUUCAGCCUCAGUUAUGACCUGGCCUGUGACAAACUUUGCAGUGACUUUCAGGAGGACAUAAGCUUCCACUUCUCUCUGGGCUGGACAAUGCUGGUCAACCGCUUUCUUGGGCCCAAGAACACCCGGCGGGCCCUAAUGGGCUACAAUGACCAGGUCCCUCGACCAAUGGCCUUGACUCCAGUCAGCACUAGCAUGCCCCCAUUCCCACAAAGCUCCGUCACCCAGGAGGAGCUGAUGGUGUCCAUGGUGACUGGUCUCGCCUCCCUUACCUCCCGUACUUCCAUGGGUGUCCUUGUGGUUGGUGGUGUGAUCUGGAAGGCAGUCGGCUGGCGUCUUAUCGCUCUGUCAGUUGGCAUGUACGGACUCCUCUACAUCUACGAGCGGCUCACCUGGACCACCAGGGCCAAGGAGAGGGCCUUCAAGAGGCAGUUUGUGGACUACGCUAGCGAGAAGCUUCAGCUCAUUGUCAGCUAUACCGGAUCCAACUGCAGCCACCAAGUCCAGCAGGAGUUGGCAGGUGUGUUUGCUCAGCUCUGCCAGCAGGUAGACGUCACCCGUCAGAACCUGGAGGAUGAGAUCACCGACAUGAACAGCAAGAUCGAACUGCUGGACAGCCUACAGAGCAAGGCUAAGCUGCUGCGGAACAAGGCGGGCUGGCUGGACAGCGAGCUCAACAUGUUCACCCAGCAGUACCUCCACCACAGCAAGUAAACCACACAGAGCAUCCACCUAAGGAGCAAGACUGAGGAGCACCCCUGCUGUUGACACACCUGUGUAUUGUGAAAUCGAUGAGAGGAAAUCCUCCACAAUGUUGUGAACCGAAGAGGAGAAAUAGGAGUGAUGGUUUGGAUGGUUUGGAUAUCUGAUAGGAGUGAAGGAGUUCCCUUGUGGUUGUGAUAUGGAUACAUUGACUCAGGGUGGGAGUCCUGUGGUCUGCUGGUGACUUGUCAUACAAAAAUGAAGGGUUAAAAAAGCAAAUUAGCUAUUUAAUAGAAGCCAAGACAUGAUCAUAAAAUGAUUUAACCACCGUCUCUAGAACUGAACAUCCCCUUAGUAUAUUUCCUGAUGCUUAUUUUUCAUGUUUACUUGAGGGGAUAUGCAAAUGAGCAUGAAUCGAGGUCUCCAGAUAGCUGAUUGAUCUGACCCCAGAGCAGCAGUAAACUCUUGGCUCUCCUUUCGUCCUUAAUAACACUGUUGAGUGACUUGUACCACCUUCUGUCAGAACUCCCACACUGUCUCUAACUCUGCCAUAUUGAGCUUUUGUAGAUUUAAAUGUUGUAUAUAUACAUUUUGAACAGUGGGCAAGUGCCAUGCUGAAGUAAAAGGUAGUCCACAUAAGGAUAUGAAAGAGAAGAUCUCAUAUGAGUGAGAUGAUGCAACAUCAUUUAUUCCUCCAGUUGUAUUUGAAAAACUGAGCAUUCUUUCCAGAAUGAAGCAGUCAGAUAUGAUCUUGGUGGAGUUGGAGGUUGUCACUGGGAAUGCCACUGCUGUAUAGAAAUGCUCAUAUUUUUUAUUUUAAUAGGCAAGAAGGAAAACUACUCUUCAAUCUUGAAUCUUAGGUCUAUGAGCACACUGCUGUUAUGGUCUGAGUAGAUGGGUGAUUAUUCAAACAGAUAUAUAUAUAUAUAUAAACCCCCUCACCCUAUCUGUAGACAUUUGUUGAGUGCAUUUCCUUUAUUGUUCCCUCUGAGAGUAAACCUACAUCUUCAUAUUCACGAGGAUACAUUGUUUGGGCUGUGAAGUAAUAGUAUAGAUUUUAGCAUGUUAAAAAAUGAAGGACAAAAUACAAGACUACUGAAUGAUCACUUAAGAGUUAAGGAGGAAAUUCUUUUUUAGGACUAUUUUCAGCAUCAACAAUGUAAGCUCUAUGGCACAGAGGAAUGAGAUGCAUAAUGUUUUGGAUGUCCACACACAAAACAUUCAGAUUCAGAUUGCACAAGUCUGAUUCUCUAACUGCACCUCUCUUAUUAAUGAUUGUAUUGAGUUGCAGCAGUUGGCAUGGAUACAGAAGACAAGGAACUGACUUCAACAUCAGAAAUUAAGAUUUCUUACUGGAUUCAAGCUUUGUUAUAAUACUCAAAGCCUUCCCAAGUCCAUAGAGCCCAUGAGUUGUAUCAGAAUAUACCGUAACACAGUACAGUAAUGCCAAAGAUAUGUCUGAGGUUAUUUUGACACUUUGUCUCCAUUAGAGUUUGUCCCCCGGAGAGCACUUUAAAAAGUCCCAUUUAACAGAAAUACAGGUCACUAUUCUUGAAUGACCAAAUUGAAAGGGAUUCUAAUCAGAAAUGUGUUGAUGUAAAACAAUGGCCCUGGUACCAGAUUCACUAUCAUGAUCCCAUAAAACCCACUAUUGGUUGGUCUCUGCUCUGAUGCCUUACAUUCGAUGUUCUCAACAGCAGAAUGUUGCGAUUUUCAAAACAUCAGUGUGGAGUUCGGAGGGAAUUUGGUAUUUGGUCAGGUACACUGGUACUGGUACAAAUUCCUGACAUCUCACUAAUCACAAAUGAUCUCAAGCCUCAGACAUCUUUCAUGCUUUCAAUUACAUAUCUAAUAAACCCUCUUUUUCUAAACCAAAAGUGUUGACGUGAGAUGGAAGCACUGUCGAUGGCUUCCUCUAUGGCUUGUGUGUCAUCACUACUCAGACCUUUCCUUUUGUGCGUAGUAACCUUUUUGUCUUGCACUGAGAGCAGAUGUGGGCCAGGCAGAGCUGUCCUCCUGCUGUCUCUGCCUUUGUCCAUAUCAUGUAAUAUUUCACUUUACAAGGAAGAGGUAGGAAUCUAAACUACAUGUGAUGCCGUAUGUAAGGGUAGCCAAAUCCAGCAACAGUUCCACUUUUUUUUUUAAAUUAUAUUGAGCCCUCGGUUUCUAAAAAGUGUAUAUAAUGUAAUUUAAUAGUUUGCCUUUCAAUCGGAAACAAUGGGAACGUGCGGAAGAAGACAAAACCAGUGGAUGUGCUCUGAAUUAGUCCAGUGUGAGAAAGUCUGGGUUGAUUGGUCCAUGUGGUAAAUGAUAUACAAUGUUGCCAAGUGAGCAGAAUGCUGCCGUACAACACUUUUAGAGUGAACAUAUGCACUUUAUAAAUUUGCUGCUUUUUGAAUUUAUUUUCCUUCUGUUGUUUUGACCCCAAAUCUUCUUUACUCUCAACAAAGUCAUUGUGUUUGGCUUCAGGAAGGCGAGGGUACUGCAUGCAGUGGCUAUUGUAGUUUGUUGUCCAUUUACAAUGUUCAAACAUAUGUAUGUAAAAAAAUAAAGGUGACAUCAUGCAAGAGA